UUUUGUAAGGAGAGCGUUUUGUAAACACGCGCCCCGCGCCCGCGCCGCAGCGUUCCCAAAUCUCUAAUUAAUCGCGUUGUUUUGUUUUCUAAGUUACCGAGAAUAAAGCUAAUUAAAAUAUUUUCGGCCAUUAUGUGACUCCGAAUUCGCAGUGGAUUGAAGUUAUUUCGUGCGAGAGGCGAACGCCGCAGCAAGGAAGCGGCGGUAGCCCCGGGCUAGGCUCGCAUAUGCUGGCCAUGGACGUGACGAAGGAGGCGCGCGCGUCGCCGCUACCGGCGUCCGCGCAGCAGCCAGCUUCGGCUUCGGGACAGCAGCCCCCGCAGCCUCAGAUCUGCGCCGGCUGCAGCAAGGUGAUCACCGAGCGGUACCUCCUGAAGGCGUUGGACCAGCUCUGGCACGAGGACUGCCUCAAAUGCGGCUGCUGCGACUGCCGGCUUGGGGAGGUCGGGCACACCCUGUACACCCGCGCCAAUCUGAUCCUGUGCAAGCGGGACUACCUACGGUUGUUCGGCAACACCGGCUACUGCGCGGCCUGCAACAAGGUGAUCCCCGCGUUCGAAAUGGUGAUGCGUGCGCGCAGCAACGUCUACCAUCUGGAGUGUUUCGCGUGCCAGCAGUGCAACCAUCGAUUCUGCGUCGGCGACCGUUUCUACCUGUGCGAGAACAAGAUCCUUUGCGAGUACGACUAUGAGGAGCGCCUCGUGUUCGCCAACAUGGCCUACAACCCGCCUCCGCUAUCGCAUCUCAAGCGGCAGACCACGCACCUCCCUCCUCCACCGACAAGCAGCGCGAUGGGCGGCAUGAUCAACGGCUCGGGCCGCGCCGGCGACCUCAACAACAACAUGUCAGGUGCUUCUCCCGCGCCCUUCGCCGCCCCCCCGCACCUCAAGCCCCUUGGCCUUUCUGCGUCCAGCUGAUCUGACUAUCGCGCCUGAGACGCGGCCCACCCGUACGCUAAGUACCAAAACUAAGCGUGCGCGUGGUAACUAACCGAAAACGCCAUCUAGUGACGCGAACGGUCAGAAACAGACAUUACGGAGACAAAGUGCUUCUGUGUAGAAUAAUUGCAAAUGCCAAACUGUAGUUAGUUCACAUUUAUUAUACCUACGUGGCAUAUCCACACUUUUGAUCCAACCCUCGAGAAUGUAAUUAGGAAAAUGUACUGUCAGCAAUGAAACUAGCUUCGUGAUUGUUCAAAAUGCGUAAAUCUAGUUCCAUUACGGACCUAUGUUUAGUUGUAAAAUCUCAUACCUUGAUCUCAGAACAGGCAAUUUGCUGUAUAGUGUAAGAGCGAUGUGCGAAGAAUGGUGUUUAAAAUUAAAUUUCUGGUUGAUGGUGUUAAGCUGGGAACACACGCAGUGUUUUGGAAGCUGCUGAAAUGGAAUGUGAUCGAGAAACUGUUAAAAAAAUCGAGUCAACUAGAUGUGUAUUUCUAUGUUGCAGCAUUUUUGGGCUUACAUUUCUUGUGUGUCCUAAGUUUUACCGCAAUCAAGGCAAGCGCGGGUUAUAAGACUGCCUGAUUUAUUACUUUCACGAGCGAUGAAAUGUAUCCUAGUAUGUAAUAAUAAAUGUUAUGUGUAAAUAUUAUUAAGACAUUCACUAUUAUUAUCGAUGUAAUGUAUUAUAGUACAAGCAUUCUUUUUAAUGUUUAGGACUUCUUGACACAUAAAAUUCGGUUAUUUUAUUUUGUAAUUUAGGUUUAUUGUAUGAUUUUUAUGUUGUACAAAUAUUUAUGUGGACUACAUAAUGUUGUUUAUUUAUACCUUUUUUAAUUGGAAGUCAAAUAUUAUGGAUUUCUAAAAGUACUUAUUUAUCCAAUUUAAUCUUAAAUUGAUUUAAAAAACUUGUAUAUUAUAAUUAUA